AUGCCUUUAAAAUUUGUGUCUAAUUUUGUAUCCUUAACUAUAUUAUCAAACAAGGAAAUAUUCACUUCGCAAAAAUCAUCUUCUUCGUUAGUUUCUUUUAGUCCAACAAUUACUAUUCAAAGCUUCUUAUGGACUAAUAAAAAGGAUGACCAAAAAAGUGACAUUACAGCAACUUCUGUAUCUUCAGAAUGGACAGCACAUCAAGAACAGCUUUCGUAUUGGCAAAAUCAGCCUUCAUUAUUUAAUUCUUUACCAAUAAUGUGUAUUAAAGACUUCGAAUUAAUAGAAACACUAGGUACAGGGACCUUUGGUAGAGUCUGGUUAACAAAACAAAAAAAUACAAAUAAAUACUAUGCUGUCAAAGUUUUAAAAAAAAUAGACAUUGUAAAAUUAAAACAGGUUGAACAUAUCAAUUCAGAAAGACAGAUAUUAUCAGAACUCAAUUUCCCCUUUAUAGUUCAAUUAUACUGCACAUUUCAGGAUAAUCGAUCUAUUUAUAUGCUUCAAGAAUAUGUGAUUGGUGGAGAAUUAUUUCGUCAUCUUCGAAAAGCAGGUCGAUUCCCGAACGAUACAGCUCGCUUCUAUGCUGCACAAAUCAUUCUCGCUCUCGAAUACCUUCAUCAUAAAAAUAUCAUUUACCGAGACCUUAAACCCGAAAAUAUUCUGAUAGAUCAUAGAGGUUAUAUCAAAUUAACUGAUUUUGGUUUUGCUAAACAAGUUCUUGAUCGAACAUGGACUCUAUGUGGUACUCCCGAAUAUUUAGCACCCGAAAUUAUACAAAGUAAAGGACAUAAUAAAUCAGUGGAUUGGUGGUCUCUUGGGAUUCUCAUAUUUGAAAUGAUGGCAGGUUAUCCACCAUUUUACGAUGAUAAUCACUUUGGUAUUUAUGAAAGAAUUUUGGGAGGUAAAAUACAUUAUCCUGCUUAUUUUGAGAGUUCAGCAAAGGAUUUGUUAAAGAAGUUACUAGUCAUUGAUCGAACAAGAAGAUUAGGUAAUUUAAAAGGGGGUGCAGAAGAUGUUAAAAGACACAAGUGGUUUCGUAAUUCGGCAGAUUGGUAUGGAUUAUUAAAUAAGACAAUACGGGCACCAAUAAUACCUGCUUAUUCAAAUGAAUACGAUACAAGUAAUUUUGAAAAGUAUCCAGAUGAGAUAACAUCACGAGAGGAGCCUAAUGAUGAUCCUUUUCACGAACUAUUUAUUAAUUUCUAAUAUGUAUAAUAGAUAUUCUUCACAUGUAUCAUGUUUACGCAUACAUCUUUAAUAAUUUCGACAUUCUAAGCAUAUAUAUUUUACAACUAUACUACCACUACUACUACUACUAUGUAUUAUUAUUUUCGUUUCUGCAUGACAACCAACUUGAUGAUCGUAUACUAAAUAAAACUUUAUUUAUUACUAAAUAUGGAUAACAAUGACGACUAUGAUACUAUGCUAAACUAACUCCGCGUGAUUUUAGUUAAUAGUCAGUCGUGCAUUAAAAAAAAAAGGUGCCU